UUCUGACACGUCCUAGUUCAGAGCUGGUGAAUGCAAUCCCCUCACCCCAGGCGAGGUGACAGCCAUAAUCAAUUGUGUACAGAAAUUCUUGAAACUCAGAGGGAUAAGAAGUUUAACAUUCACUGGUCUGCAAAUCCAAAGCCGGGGACCCUGGUGGGUCCCUUUCCUACCAAGCUGUCCCAAACACUCCACAUGGAAUGAGAAGGGCAUUUAGAAGCAAAGAACCGGCUGCAGCGAAUUUUUUUAAUGCCCAGGCCGGGAAGAAAGCAGGUUAGGAUUUGAUCCCGAAGAACAGGAGCCUCAGGAGCCUCCCGCCCUCGGUGCUCGGCGUGGCUGGGGCGCGGGGGCGCGCCGCGCUGCACCAGGCGGGGCGGGCAGCGCAGCGGGCAGCAGCAGUGUUGCAGGUGUGUGCCACCCGCGGUCUCCUGCCUCUGCCGGGAUCGCCAGGGAACACGCUGCUCUGCCAGCACUUGGUGGCCGCUGUUCGAGGAUUUUUGCCCACGGAUUUCCCACUCAGGACAUAACCUUCAGUAACAGGACAAGUCAGGCCAGCCAGCAAGCUGCCACGUCCUGCCAGCACCUUGUCAAGGAACCCAGCUGGACCCAUCGCUAAUCAGCAUCUCUCAACAUAAGGUCUCUGGGUCACUGAAGGAGACUAGAGCAGAAUUUGAAAUUUUCCAAAGAUUCCCAAUAUACACAGACGGCGAAAGGAUACUUAGGUUGUCUAUACACAGCUCUGCUCUACUUGAGAGACAUUGGGAGAAAAUACAGGUGUCACUUCUAUCCCAGAAGUCACACAAACAAGUUCUGCAUUUGAACUUCUGCACAGAAAAUGGAUGAUGGUUAUUGAAACGGCCCAAACUGGUACCACAGUGUGCAAGAUAUAGCUCAAGAGGUAACCAGACAGUCCCGGCACCGAGGAAUGGAUGACUACAAAUACCAGGACAACUAUGAGGGCUAUGCCCAUGAUGGCUACUAUCGUGGCAAUGAGUCCAACCCAGAAGAGGACGCACAGAGUGAUGUCACCGAAGGCCAUGAUGAGGAGGAUGAGAUCUAUGAGGGCGAGUACCAGGGCAUCCCUCACCCGGAUGAUGUCAAGGUCAAGAAGACCAAGAUGGCGCCCUCCAGGGCCGAUGGCCUGCGGGGCAAGGCAGACCUGAUGGCUGAAAGGAUGGAAGAUGAGGAAGAGCUGGCUCACCAGUAUGAGACCAUCAUUGAUGAGUGCGGCCACGGGCGCUUCCAGUGGACCCUCUUUUUCGUCUUGGGUUUGGCCCUGAUGGCUGAUGGGGUGGAGGUGUUUGUGGUGAGCUUUGCCCUGCCAAGUGCAGAGAAGGACAUGUGUCUGUCCAGUUCCAAGAAAGGAAUGCUUGGGCUGAUCGUCUACCUGGGAAUGAUGGCGGGGGCCUUUAUCCUGGGGGGCCUGGCCGAUAAGCUGGGGAGGAAGAGAGCUCUCAGCAUGUCUCUGGCCCUCAACGCCUCCUUCGCCUCCCUCUCCUCCUUCGUGCAGGGUUAUGGAGCCUUCCUCUUCUGCCGGCUCAUCUCGGGCAUAGGUAUUGGCGGAGCUCUGCCCAUUGUUUUUGCCUAUUUCUCCGAAUUCUUGUCUCGGGAGAAGCGAGGAGAGCACCUCAGUUGGCUGGGCAUCUUCUGGAUGACAGGGGGCAUCUAUGCGUCCGCCAUGGCCUGGAGCAUCAUCCCACACUACGGCUGGGGCUUCAGCAUGGGCACCCAUUACCACUACCACAGCUGGAGAGUGUUUGUCAUCGUCUGCGCUCUGCCCUGCACCGUGUCCAUGGUGGCCCUGAGGUUCAUGCCGGAGAGCCCACGGUUCCUGCUGGAGAUGGGCAAGCAUGACGAAGCUUGGAUGAUUCUCAAGCAAGUCCAUGACACCAACAUGAGAGCUAAGGGGACCCCGGAGAAGGUGUUCACGGUUUCCCACAUCAAAACUCCCAAGCAAAUGGAUGAAUUCAUUGAGAUCCAAAGUUCAACAGGAACUUGGUACCAGCGCUGGCUGGUCAGAUUCAAGACCAUUUUCAAGCAGGUCUGGGAUAACGCUCUGUACUGUGUGCUGGGGCCCUACCGGAUGAACACGCUGAUUCUGGCGGUGGUCUGGUUCACCAUGGCUUUAAGUUACUAUGGACUGACAGUUUGGUUCCCCGACAUGAUCCGGUAUUUUCAAGAUGAAGAAUACAAGUCCAAAAUGAAGGUGUUUUUCGGUGAGCACGUGUACGGUGCCACGAUCAACUUCACAAUGGAAAAUCAGAUUCACCAACAUGGGAAGCUGGUGAAUGAUAAGUUCACAAAGAUGUACUUUAAACACGUUCUCUUUGAAGACACAUUCUUUGACGAGUGCUAUUUUGAAGACGUUACAUCCACUGAUACCUAUUUCAAAAACUGCACCAUUGAGUCUACCAUCUUUUAUAACACAGACCUCUACGAGCAUAAGUUCAUCAACUGUCGCUUUAUCAACUCUACGUUUCUGGAGCAGAAGGAGGGAUGUCACAUGGACUUCGAGCAGGAUAACGACUUCCUGAUUUACCUCGUCAGCUUCCUGGGCAGCCUGUCCGUGUUGCCUGGGAACAUCAUCUCCGCCCUGCUCAUGGAUAGAAUGGGAAGGCUCAGGAUGAUCGGUGGCUCCAUGCUGAUCUCGGCAGUCUGCUGCUUCUUCCUGUUUUUUGGCAACAGCGAGUCCGCGAUGAUCGGCUGGCAGUGCCUCUUCUGCGGGACCAGCAUCGCUGCCUGGAAUGCUCUGGACGUGAUCACGGUGGAGCUGUAUCCUACCAACCAGAGGGCAACCGCCUUUGGCAUCCUCAAUGGGUUGUGCAAAUUUGGAGCCAUUCUGGGAAACACCAUCUUUGCUUCUUUCUUUGGGAUAACCAAAGUGGUCCCCAUCCUUCUGGCUGCCACCUCUCUCGUCGGGGGUGGCCUGAUUGCUCUUCGUCUGCCAGAGACUCGAGAGCAGGUCCUGAUGUGAGCCACCUGUGGGGAGAGGAAGUCUUGGAAGAGCCUUUUCCAGGAACCUUUCAUGCAUCCACACUUCUAUCACCGUCCAGAGGACUUUGGAUAGCACCGGAGGAGAGACUGAUUUUGUGACCCGUAGUUUUAGGACCCAUGUCAGCUUCAAGAUGUUUGUAACUCAGGUGACUGAUUUGGGGGGGUCACGAGCCACCCUGAUAAUCAGAGAGCUCCGUGCUUGGUUUCAGGUCUCCCCAGCCCAAGGCAGGGGAGGCGAACUAACCCCCUCCAGUGGGUGCACAUGCUGAGCAAGGAGCGUGCAUUGCUCUGGGCGAGAUGCAAGGACUUACUUGCAUUUCAAAGUGAAUUCGAGCUGGAGGACACUCAAGCUCUUUCAAAAAGGUCCUCGGAGCCCAAUGGCCUACCAAAUUGACUUGAUGAGAAAUUAGAGUCAUCCUAUGAAUGUUGGGCUUGAAGUAUAAAACACAUAUAUUUUUGCAUUAAAAAAAAUCACCUAUCACAUUUUCCAUUCGAAAAUCAGCCCAAUAGUGGCGAAGAUACUCUGAUAUAGAAAACCAAAUAUCUGUGCGUUAUCUAUAGCAACCUCCUACCCUCCCACCAAGUGUCCUGAGGUUUUCAGGAUGAUUAGAUGAUAAAAUUUAAGAAUGAUAAUUAUUCCUAUUUUGAUCUAUUCAAUGAAACCUAAUAGGGUAGUUAUUCUGUAAACUAACUUUGUACAUAACUGUAUUUGGGUUUAAUUUGCAGAAAUAGGGUCUGCAAAUCUUUGCCAGCAUUAUAGCCAUAUUUCGGGAGGACUUGGUGUUUGAGGUCCCGGGAAACUGGGUCUGAUUGAAUGAUAUGCAAGCACAAUUUCCUAUAGCCAUUUAACUUGCUGUGGGGAGGAGGCACUCAGCAAGCCCCUAUUGUGCAGUCCAUUUAAUCCAGGCACUUCUCUUCGUGUAGGUGGAGAGCUUUCCCCUCUCACACAGAUCACUUGAGAAACCCCAGCUCCACUGUCUGCAGUACAGGCAUUUGACUUUGCUGCUCGCCCCCAAACAACCCGAGAAGUGUCCAGUAGCCUCUGGCACUGUCUUUGUAGGUGAGAAUCAAACAGGGUGGACAACAUGUACGAUGGAGGGAGGGGUGGGGAAGCGUAGCCGCAGUUCUUCAAAGUGGACAUUUUUCCUGUUCCUUUUGGCAGCAAAACAUGAUCCAGAUUCGUUAUAAUGGUCAGGUCCCAUGAGAAAUCAAUGCUAUGUGUCUCGGCUUGGGAUUUUGGAAUCCGAUGUCAUUGACAAGGGAGUAGGGAGUCUCCAGGAUGCCACAUAUGUUUUCCUUGAGUGCUCUAAGAAGACUCUUUCCUGAGGUCCAGUUUGGAACAUGAGUUGGGGGUGGGCGGAGGAACCUCGGACAAACUCCUUUGGCAAGGGUCAGCCACAGGCCGAAGUCUUCACUACGUAGAAAAGGAUCAAUGUUUUAUCCGUCAGAACUGUUCUGCAUGGAAGGGACAGAGAGCAGUGAACGUGUGACACUGGCAGUGAACUUGCCUCGACCAGGUGACUGUCAGCCCGCGAGAACACAGGCUUUGAGCUGGUAAGCGGCACUAUCAAUGUGGAAAGGUGCCCCACUGCUCAUACCAGAAGUCUCCGAAAUCAAAAACAGAAUAAUGAUGGCUCUGCUGAGUGUUUUCUCUGUUUUAGAGAAACGCUUAGGUCCCAUUAUAGCCUCAGGCCAUCUUUCUGUUGUUCCCUUGAGUAACAGGCCGAGGGGAGAAAAGAGUAAAUUCUGCGAUACCUUUCUACCCUCAAGUUGAGAUCAAUUUUAAUGGUUAACAUGUUUACUCUGCUUCUCUGGUCUCUCACCUCUUUAUUCACCCCUUUUUUCCCCUGUACAUCGAAGACACAUCUACUCAGAUUUGACAUCUUGAUACUCCCCAAUAUAUAAAUAGACCAUCGUGUAUUAAUGUUUUUCUCAGUGCUUUAUAGAAACGACCUAACAGAAACGCUAUGUCAAUGAUGAGAGACCCACUGUAAUAUGGCUGUAAUAUACCUGCCACAGUCUUAAGAUGUGAAAUAGAGUGGUUGGUUCACACAAGAGAGCUGUGUGAACCUGGGAUGACUACGCCCCUUACAGUAUCGGUUUGAAGAACAGCUAUUGCAUAAGAAAUUGGAAAGGCAGUUAGAGUCUGCAUAUCUAGUGAAGGUGGAUCUUGUAAAUCUAAAACAUAAUUAUUUUUUUUAGUGUUGGAGUGGCUACAAUAAUUUGGGGGCGGGGUAAUGUCCUUUCGAUUUCCAAGUGCUAAGUUGCGUGUUAUUUUCCUGGCUCGUCGCGCCACCCACCCACACAACCAAGGGCAAUUCUUCCCUCACCUGCGGUCUGUAAGGCUCUCCCCACAGAAGACUGUCUGGCACAGGAACGUGCCCACUUCUCAAAUGCUGCCACUCCUGUUGAGAUAAAUGCUUCUUUCAAUAGAGCCUCAGUGGCAGGACAUUGAGGGGUAUAAUGGACAGCAUUCCUGGCCAUCCACUUCUUUUUCAUUUUGCAUCCUAACCAGAGAAACUCCUAAUGGCAUCUGUGGAAAAGUAAAGGAAUGAGGUUCUCCCUCAUUGAGUGAAUCUGUUCACAGUUCACGAUGUAUCUUAUGACGUCCAGUUUGGGAGUAGUUACUUUUAACAGUCUUAACUGUAUUGUUUCCUUUUCUGAUGCCGAUUUUGGAUCUUUCAUUUUAUUGACACUAAUUGGUGAAAGGGGUGUGUCAAUUUGUGAAGUCUUUCACACAUGAGCCCCAAGGUCAUGUUACAAGUCACCCUGUUCCUAGGGUCUCCUGGUACCUUGUGUUAGUUCAUUAAAAAAUAAUAAAAGUAAUUGUAAACAAACCUUGAAGAACUGAGGCUAGAGAUUAUUUUCAGAUGCUAAGGUCUCUUCUGGUUUCCUACAUUGAUCUAAUCAGCUAGGAGGAACAUCAAGAAUCAUUUCCUUUAAUUUUAUUUUGUGUAGGGGGACCCGGAAAAGUUGAAUGAUGUGUCUAAGGUGAGGCAUAGCACUAGGAGUGGGUUACAAGGCUUGUGCCCUCUCUGUAAUUCUGAGCUAAUUUGUCAGUCACUGAUACCCUACUGCAGGGCCGUCCACAGAGUCUUUGGGGAAUGGGACAAUGUGACCAACCCUCACCUUCCAUUUCCUGAGGCCAGUCAUUGAAACCUCACUUGAUUGGUUGACCUAAAAUGAAUGGAAGGGCCAGAAAAAUCAGUAUCCAUUCAUUCGACAGGUCCACUUAGACCUCAUUCAACACGUGUUUUCAGAAUGACCACCAUGCGUCGUGUUAGAUUAGGUCCCUGCCUCUAAGUGGUUCUCUUUCCAAGUGGACUGAAGCUUCGUGCUUCUGUGGGUAGCAGCGUUGUGUUUACUCAUAGCCCUAAGAAUAAUUUGGGAAUAAAUCACGCAGAGCCUUUGCCUCCAAGACACACUGAACGGCCAUUGUAUUUCAUUUGCAGAGGCAUGGUGAGGAAAUUUAGAUGCAUGACUUUUGCACCAGCAGUGAGGUUUCCAGAAAGGUGAAUGAUGAAAUGAAACCAAGGCCAGAGCUUUUCACAGAGGUUACAUGGAGAAAUACAAGUGGUUAUAGUCAGUGCUAACUAUAGAAUAGGCAAGGGACCUACUUGGCAGGCCCAUAGCACAUUCCCUACCCUCAGAAUGUUCAAGGUGUGAACUGGGAAAUGAGAAUCUCACCUGAAAACAAGCUUAACUUUCCAUUUAACUCUGGUCCUGAUGGCUUAAAAUAUCAUAUUUUAGAGACCAGAAAUAUCUAUUCCUUUGGAAAGCAAAGGUCUUUUAGGAGGUAUCUUCUGCCAAAGUUCAUGUGGUGGGCUUAUUCACAAUGACCAUGGCUCAGAAGAGCAAGCCACUCAAAACCAACUGUCACGCCCCCCACUUCCCACGUACAUAGAUCAUCUUGGGAAUUCAGAUUUCUCUAAGUCAGCAUGUAUGAUUUCAGUUGGGCAGGAACAAAGGCCAGUGAAAAUGGCAUUAUGGGAAAAUUAGACUUCGGACUGUAUCGCAAAGGAUUGCUUAAAAAUGCUCAGAAAAACAACUGGUAAGCAGUUGAUGGACAAUUAUAAAUGACUCUUACUCAUGAAAGUGCUUCUCCCAAAUAACUGCAAAACAAAUCCUUUCAAUCUCAAAUAUAUUCAAAAGUGAUGAAACUCUACCUCUUCAAAAUGUGUGUUAUGAUUUAGCUUUUUUUUUCCAGUUUGGGGUUCAGUCUGGGUGAGUCAAGAAAUCCCCAACUUUAAUGAAUGUUUGGAGUAGAUUGCAAAUAGCUCAUUUGCAGGUAUUUAUCCUAAUGAUUUUUAAUAAGGGUAAUUUUCAGAAACCUGCACUCUGUGUAGUUUACAGUGGAAUGACCGAACUGUAAGCUGCAGAUCUACAAUCAGAACACAUGGCUGAGACAUGUGACGGAACUAAAUUGCGACAAGGGAGGCAGGAAAAGAGUAUUUUGUGGGUCAUCCUGAACAGACAUGGGCAUCCAGUAAGUUUAAUAAAAAUCACAGUUUGGGGAAGUAAGACGGGGAAAGUAUGUCGCAUUGUGAUAUAUAAUAAUAAAAAAUAUAUACUCCACAGCAUAUAGAUCGAUAUGAAAACUAUUUUAUUGUUUAAAAUACAUGUCAUGGAUAAGUCAGUUCUGACCUGAGCUCUUUUUCACCUAGGGCAUAAGUCUAAAAAGUAUUUUAAAAUUUGAAAGUGUAAAAUAUUUGUAAGUAUUUAAACACAGAUUUGUCAAUUCUGCUGCAUUUCCAAUGGGUCGAAUAUUAAAACAACUGACCUGUGCACUUCAGGUUUCAGGAAUAGAGGAGGAUUGAAGGUCACUUUUCUGCUUGAGCUUAGGUCCCCCAUUUUUGGUCCAUCUGAAUCCUGGAGGUUCCCAAGCCAAACAGACUAAGAGAGUGUCUGUAUCACUUGUUACUAGUCUUCUGUUCUGGAUGUGAUGGGGGAAGCAGAUAAAGCAGGCUGAGGCAUUAGGGAGAGCUCUUCUUAAAGUUUGCUGGUCCAUUUUUUUCAGUACUGAUUUAUACUUACAAAUAUUUAGAAUUUUUUCCUAUUCCAAAGCCGGAGGCUAAACUUGGAAAGUGCAGACUAAGCUUUUGGGUCCCAGUGAGCAGUCACUUGGGAUUAGAGGUUUUAUUCCUUCUGGUGGGUGAGGAGCCUAGAGAUGUGCCUAUUUUUGGCGGGAGGUGGAAAGAAUCCAGAUGUGGGUGACUACUCAUAGUCUUCCCUAAAUGUUUGACUAGUGGUUGAAUUUUUUCUUAGCAUCACCACUACAAAAAUGGCCAUCUCAGUCCUUUGACUACAGGGGACACUUGCAGCUUUUCAGAUGUGCCAGGCUGAGUAGCAGUGAUGAUGUAGCAUCAUUCUGAAACAAAGGUAAUGAAGACCACGCCACCAGCUUCCCAUUGUGGUCCUGGGAAGUGCUCUAUGAUUUGCAAAGAAUACUUCGUAGGGAUGGCAGGCAUUUGUAAUGCUAUGGCUGUUGGUGAAGUGGCUGACACACAGCCAGGGGAGGAAAGAGAGGCAGAGAAGGGAGUGUGUAGGUGAUUCACAAACGGACCCAUUCCUGGGUUUGAAGUGCCUUGACAACUGCUUGGAUUGAUCUUGACCAUGUGCCCAUCUGGAGCUGUUCCGAUGAGUCUGUGAAUAAUACCAUGCCCAGUGAAUAUAGCUACUGCAUGAUUAAGCUGAUGCUGUGAGUGUGAAGUGACCAAAGUAAUGUUUGUUUUCUUGUCAUAUUUUUCAUGCUCUAGUUUCCCGGUCCCUUUAAGUGUUUUUCCAUUUGACUGCCCCUGGAGAGUGGGAUUGGCCACGCCUCUUUGUACUUGAGUG